UUCCAAUUCCGAGGAGACUGCGUUUCAAAGUGCUGAGCCCAAGCAAACUUCUUGUUUCAUGGAAGGAGCCCAAAGGAGACUUUGACAGCUAUCUAUUCCUCUACAACAGUAUACCAGGUGGUCAGCAGAGGGAAAUCAUAGUUUCUAAAUCUGAUACUAAGGUGGUGAUCAAAGACUACAACCCCUCUAAAGACUACACAGUCAGUGUCAUCUCUGUGAGUGGCAGUGAGCAGAGCAGGCCACUUCAGGGCAGGCAUAAAGCUGAAAGAGAUGAGAGUGACGGAGGAGACAAGACUGAGCCCCAGACGCUGACUGAUUCGGUUGCACCUCCUGAGGAUGCCAACGAAAUCUUUGGAGUCGACCAGUUUGUGUGUCGCACCGAGGCCAUUGCAGACAUCGUUAUCCUGGUGGAUGGCUCCUGGAGUAUUGGUCGCCUUAACUUCCGCCUGGUCCGCAUGUUCUUGGAAAACCUGGUCAAUGCCUUUGAUGUUGGCAUAGAUAAGACGAGGAUAGGUCUGGCUCAGUACAGUGGGGAUCCCAGGAUAGAGUGGCAUCUAAAUGCUUUUUACACUAAAGACGCUGUUAUUGAUGCCGUCAAGAACCUGCCGUACAAGGGAGGAAACACCCUCACAGGCCUUGCAUUGACUUAUAUCUUGGAGAACUGCUUUAAGCCUGAAUCUGGUUCACGGGUCGGGAUACCCAAGAUCGGGAUCCUCAUCACAGACGGGAAGUCCCAGGAUGACGUCAUUCCACCUGCAGAGAGCCUCAGAAAUGCUGGGGUUGAGCUGUUCGCAAUUGGUGUGAAGAAUGCAGAUGAGAAUGAGUUGCGCUCCAUCGCCACAGAGCCCCACAACAGUCACGUCUACAAUGUGGCUGACUUCAACAUCAUGAGCUCCAUAGUGGAGGGACUGACCCAAACUGUGUGUGAACAAGUGGUGCAGCAAGACAAGGACAUAAAGCAGAAGAAAAUACCAGAGACAAUUGGGCCACCGCUUGACCUGGUGACAUCAGAGGUGGCGGAACGAAGCUUUCGGGUUUCAUGGAGCCACGCCCCCGGGAACGUCGAGAAAUACAGAGUGAUUUAUUACCCUUCUGCGGGAGGGCAACCAGACGAGGAAGUGGUGGACGGCAAUGACACUUCAGUGCUGUUACAGCAUCUGAGCUCUCUCACUGAGUACCAGCUUGCCGUGUUUGCCGUGUACGCAAGCGAGGCGAGUGAAGCUCUGAGAGGAUCAGAAACAACCUUGGCUCUUCCCACAGUGACAGGCCUCCAGCUGUUUGAUGUGACUCACAGGACCAUGAAAGCAAGAUGGGACAGUGUGGACAGAGUCUCUGGCUACAUGCUGCUGUAUGCACCGCUUACAGUAGAUGGGGGAGAAGUGGACGAGAAGGAGGUUAAAGUAUCAGAUGCAGUGACAGAGCUGGAGCUGGAUGGGUUGAUCCCUCACACUGAAUAUACCGUCACUGUCUAUGCAAUGUACGGAGAGGAAGCUGGCGACCCUGUUACAAACCAGGAAACUACAUUGCCACUGAGCCCACCCAGAAACCUUCAACUCUCUGACAUCACUCACAACUCCGCCCACAUCAGCUGGGACCCAGUGCCCACAGAAGUUAAAGGUUACCGUGUUGUGUGGAUCAAGACAGACGGACUAGUUGAGAAGGAGGUGGAGGUGUCCUCUGGCAACACUUUAGACCUGAAUGGUUUAUCGUCAUUGACGGAGUACUCAGUCGCCGUAUUUGCCUUAUAUGAUGAGGGCCCGUCAGAGCCGCUCACAGAUGGAUUCACAACCACUCCUGUUCCUGGUCCUUUGAACCUGCGCUCCAGUGAGAUCAGCACAGUAAGCUUCCAGGUCAGCUGGGAUCACUCAGCUAGUGACAUCGUCCUUUACAGACUCUCCUGGGCACCAAUCACAGGCAGUGACACAAAGGAGGUGAUCUUGAGUGGAAGUGAUAACAGAUACAUCCUGAGAGACCUGAGUCCCUUCACUGAGUAUGAAGUUAUGUUGACGGCAGUAUUCAACGAUGAAUCUGAGAGUGACACCGCCUCUGUAAUAGAGACCACAUUGGCCGAGACAACAACUAUUGCUACCACAACCACAGUGGCACGUCAUGCUGUGAGAAACCUUCGGCUGAGUGGUGAGACCACUCAGAGCUUGGAGGCAUCAUGGGACCAUGAAGACCCCCAAGUGAGGAUAUACAGGGUGUCCUUUGUUGGCCUCAGCGGUGAUGAAAAAGAGACGUCUAUGAAUAUUCCUGGAGGUCAGAGGACAGCAUUGCUUCAGUCUUUACUUUCAGACACACAGUACAAGGUCACGGUCACACCGGUGUAUUAUGACGGACAAGACGGCGUCAGUGUCUCUGCCCUUGGAUCCACAAUGCCCCUCUUGUCACCUGGAAACCUUCGUGUGUGAGAAUGGUACAACCGCUUCAGAGUCACCUGGGAUCCAGCUCUGUCUGCUACAGCGGGUUACAGGAUUGUCUACCAGCCCGUCUAUGUGCCAGGACCAGUUCUGGAGACAACAGUAGCUGAGAAUGUGAACUCCAUUCAGCUCCCGAAUCUUCUGAGUGGGACGGAGUACAGUGUCCAAGUGACCGCUUCCUACCCCACGGGACAAAGCGAACCACUGCUAGUGAACGCCAAGACAUUGUUUCUUGGCAUCUCCGGCCUGUCAACCUACCAAAUACGCCCCGACAGCAUGUGUGCCCAAUGGCAGCCUCUUCUACAUGCCACAUCAUACAGAGUCUCCAUACAGUCUACACUCAAUGGUCAGAAGCAAGAGCUGAGGCUAGGAGGUGGUGCUUCCCGGCAGUGCUUCUUCGACCUCACGCCCAGCAGCCAAUACCAGAUCAGCGUUCACACCCAGCUACAGGAAAUGGAGGGACCUCCUGUGUCAGUCACAGACAUGACGUUGCCAGAGCCCACUCAAGCUCCGACUGAGCCCCCCACCACAGAGCCGCCUCCCACCCUCCCGCCUGCUAAAGAAGUUUGUAAGGAGGCCAAGGCUGACCUGGCGUUCCUGGUCGACGGCUCCUGGUCCAUCGGAGACGACAACUUCAUGAAGAUCACACGUUUCCUCUACAGCACCAUGGGAUCGCUGGAUCUGAUUGGACCAGAUGGCACCCAGGUAGCUAUUGCUCAGUUCAGUGACGAUGCUAGGACUGAGUUCCAGCUGAGUUCCCAUGGCAACAAGGAGGCGCUACUGGAAGCUAUACAGAGGAUCAGUUACAAGGGAGGAAACACCAAAACAGGUCGGGCCAUCAAACAUGUGAAGGAGACGAUUUUCACCCCAGAGGCCGGAGCUAGAAGGGGCGUCCCUAAAGUCCUGGUUGUUCUCACUGACGGACGCUCGCAGGACGAUGUCAACAAAGUGUCCAAGGAGAUGCAGAUGGAUGGCUAUAUUAUCUUUGCCAUUGGCUUUGCGGACGCCGACUACGGGGAGCUGGUGAAUAUCGCCAGUAAGCCGAGUGACAGACACGUCUUCUUUGUGGACGAUUUGGAUGCGGUGAAGAAAAUAGAAGAGCAGCUCAUUACUUUUGUCUGUGAGGCUGCAACUGCAACUUGUCCGUCUGUUUUGAUGAGUGGUAACACAAUGGCAGGCUUCCGUAUGAUGGAGAAGUUUGGACUCGUGGAGAAGGAGUACAGCACGAUACCUGGAGUGUCACUGGAGCCCGGCUCAUUUAACAGCUUCCCCUGUUACAGACUACACCGAGACGCUCUGGUGUCACAGCCGACGAAGUACCUCCACCCUGAAGGGUUACCCUCUGACUACACCAUUUCUAUGAUGCUCCGCUUACUCCCUGAGACGCCGCAGGAGCCCUUUGCAUUGUGGGAAAUUCUGGACAAGGACAAUGAGCCACUGGUGGGACUAAUCCUGGACAACUCUGGAAAGACCUUGACGUUCUUCAACAACGACUACAAAGGAGACUUCCAGACCGUCACGUUUGAUGGAACUGAAAUUAAAAAAGUCUUCCACGGCAGCUUCCACAAGCUCCAUGUGACCAUCAGCAAAACAUCCGUGAAAGUGGUGUUAGAUUGUUCUGUGGCUGGGGAGAAACCCAUCAACGCUGCUGGUAACAUCACCACCGACGGGGUGGAGAUACUGGGACGGAUGGUUCGAUCUCGAGGCAGUCAGGACAACUCUGCUCCAUUCCAGCUCCAGAUGUUUGACAUCAUCUGCAGUACCUCCUGGGCCAGCAGAGAUAAGUGCUGCGAGCUGCCAGCAUUGAGAGUGGAGGAGCAGUGUCCCGCUAUGCCUCAUGCCUGUACCUGCUCCCAGGACAGCAAAGGACCUCCAGGACCUUCUGGACCUCCUGGAGGUCCAGGCAUAAGAGGAGCCCGAGGAGACAGAGGAGAGCCAGGAGUGACGGGACCUCAGGGGCCGGUGGGAGAGAUUGGCCCUCCUGGACCUUCAGGACCACCAGGUCCUCAGGGACCAAAUGGUCUCUCUAUUCAGGGCCCUCCGGGAACUGCUGGAGAUAAGGGAGAGAGAGGAGAGAUCGGACCAGCUGGACCAAUGGGUGUUUCUGGAGGCCAGGGCUCUGUUGGUAGAGACGGCCCACCAGGACCAAGGGGCCUGCCGGGUAAUACUGGACCACAGGGGCGACAAGGGCCAUCUGGACCCGUGGGAGCUCCAGGAGCACCAGGAUCGCCUGGACCUGGUGGCUCAGCAGGGUCCCAAGGAGAGCAAGGACUUCCUGGUCCUGCUGGUGUCAAAGGAGAUAAGGGAGAAAGAGGAGAUGUGCAGUCCCAAGCUGGUGUGCGUGCCAUCGCACGGCAAGUGUGUGAGCAGCUCAUCCAGAGUCACUUGUCUCGCUAUAACUCCAUACUGAACCAGAUACCUGCCCAGUCAUCAGUGUCAGUCCGAACAGUACCGGGUCCGCCCGGAGAGCCGGGUAGGAGAGGCCUCCCCGGACCCCAAGGAGAGCAAGGCCCAUCAGGCCGGCCGGGCUUCCCGGGUACCAGCGGCCAGAAUGGACGACCAGGAGAGAGAGGUCUGAUGGGAGAGAAGGGGGAGAAGGGGAGUCCAGGUGUUGGGAGUCAGGGACCUCGAGGACCGCCUGGACCUCCAGGCGUACCUGGUGAAGGACGGACAGGAAGUCAGGGUCCUCCUGGUCGGCCUGGUAACCCUGGAACACCCGGGCGGUCGGGUAAUCCAGGCAGCACAGGACCAGCUGGCCCUGCAGGAUACUGUGACCAGAACUCCUGUUUGGGGUACAACGUCGGAGUUCAACAGGACUAUGGGAAUGAUUACUGAAGAGCAUUCUCCAACCGUCCUCCUCCUCCUCCUCCUCCU